AAUAAAAGCGGUGGCCAAGUUGGUGACGAGCACACUUGGUGUCGAUUGGCAUUGGCUUCUGGCAGCAGACAUCAUGAAGAUUGCACUGAUUGCUGUGGCCCUCUGCGGCGUGGCUCUGGCCAACAUCGUCCCCGAAAAAAUUGUUCCCGUAUUCGAGCUUAGUGCCAUUAAGGACUCAGUAAUCGACCAAGGAUGCACUCCAUUCUGCUACCGAAGCAUCAUCGACAAGCCAGUGCAUGUAGUAACCAGGACUUCGCCCUCAGCUCUACCAGAAGUAACAUACGUACCAGAGGGUCUGGCCUUCAUCAAGUCUUUCCCAAAAGUGAAGUCAGCUGUUGAUACUUACUCGAAGCCAAUUGCUCUGGUCUUCUCAAGAAGUACCUUCCCAGCUGAUUGGUAUCCAGGAGUGAUUGAUGUGGUUGUCUCCGAGCCAGAAAAAGAGGCAAUCCUCAAGUUGAAAGAGGUACCUUAUGUGAUUUUCAUUGAAGAGAAAGACUUCAUUGAUCACAAUAUAUCCAAGUUCAUAAAACAUGUUGCUGACUUUAAGCUGACUGAUGAGAAAAUUAUUAAAUUCAGAGAUCUAGCACCUAUUCCAGAGGUGGCUUACAAUGAUGGAGUAAGUCAUGUUGUUCAUACACCAAAGUAUGCACCUGCUUUUGCCCAUGGAGUUGUGCCAGCCUACGCUCCAGCUCCAGUUUAUGCAUCAGCUCCAGUUUAUGCUCCUGCUCCAGUCUAUGCUCCAGCACCAGCUUAUGCACCAGCACCAGCUUAUGUACCAGCACCAGCCCAUGCAGCUUUUGCUCCAGCUCCAGUUUUUGCACCAGCUCCCGCUUUUGCACCAGCUCCAGUUUUUGCACCAGCUCCCGCUUUUGCACCAGCUCCCGCUUUUGCACCAGCUCCAGCUUAUGCUUCAGUCCCAGCUUCUGCCUCAGCACCAUCUCCAGUCCCAGCGUUUGCCUCAGCACCAGCUCCAGUCCCAGCUUUUGCCUCAGCACCAGCUCCAGUCCCAGCUUUUGCUCCAGCUCCAGCUUCAGUUCCUGCCUACUCACCCUCUGCAGCUUACUCACCAGCAGCAGCUUAUGCACCCUACUCUACAUAUGCACCAGCUUAUGCUUAUGCUCCAGCUCCAGCAGUAUCCCCAGUUUAUUCCCCAGCUUCAGUCCACACAUCACCAGUACAUUCUGAAGUCAAGUAUGUACCAGUUCAUUCUGUAGGUAGAUCUCUUGUACCUGUUCAUUCAUUUGCCCCAGCUCCAGCAUUCUCAUCAGCUCCAUUCUUUGCUUCAACUCCCAUCCAUGCUCCAGCCUCAGUCCAUGCUCCAGUCCCAGCUUAUGCCCCAGCCCCAGCAUUUGCCCCAGCCCCAGCAUUUGCUCCAGCCCCAGCUUUUGCUCCAGCCCCAGCUUUUGCCCCAGCCCCAGCAUUCGCUCCAGCCCCAGCUUUUGCCUCAGCCCCAGCUUUUGCCUCAGCCCCAGCAUUUGCUCCAGCCCCAGCAUUUGCUCCAGCCCCAGCUUUUGCCCCAGCCCCAGCAUUUGCUCCAGCCCCAGCUUUUGCCCCAGCCCCAGCAUUUGCUCCAGCCCCAGCUUUUGCCUCAGCCCCAGCAUUCGCUCCAGCCCCAGCUUUUGCCUCAGCCCCAGCAUUCGCUCCAGCCCCAGCUUUUGCCCCAGCCCCAGCAUUUGCUCCAGCCCCAGCUUUUGCCCCAGCCCCAGCAUUUGCUCCAGCCCCAGCUUUUGCCUCAGCCCCAGCAUUCGCUCCAGCCCCAGCUUUUGCCCCAGCCCCAGCAUUUGCUCCAGCCCCAGCUUUUGCCCCAGCCCCAGCAUUUGCUCCAGCCCCAGCUUUUGCCCCAGCCCCAGCAUUUGCUCCAGCCCCAGCUUUUGCCUCAGCCCCAGCAUUUGCUCCAGCCCCAGCUUUUGCCUCAGCCCCAGCUUUUGCCCCAGCCCCAGCAUUUUCUCCAGCCCCAGCUUUUGCCUCAGCCCCUGCAUUUGCUUCAGUCCCAGCUUUUGCCCCAGCCCCAGCUUUUGCUCCAGCCCCUGCUUUUGCUCCAGCACCAGCUUAUAGUUUUGCACCAGCUUAUGCUCCAGCACCAGCUUCAGUACCAGUUCACUCUCCAGCUCCAGCAUUCUCACCAGCUCCAUUCUACCCAUCAACUCAUGUACAUGCUCCAGCUUCAGCUUCAGUCCCAGCUUUUGCUCCAGCACCAGUUUAUUCUCCAGCUUCAGUCCCAGCUUAUGCUCCAGCUUCAGCACCAGUUUACUCUCCAGCUUCAUUCCCAGCUUAUGCUCCAGCUCCAGCAUUCUCUCCAGCUCCAUUCUACUCAUCAACUCCAGUCCAUGCUUCAGUCCCAGCUUAUGCUCCAGCUCCAUUCUACUCAUCCACUCAUGUACAUGGUCCAGCUCCAGCUUCAGUCCCAGCUUUUGCUCCAGCACCAGUUUAUCCUCCAGCUUCAGUCCCAGCUUAUGCUCCAGCUCCAGCAUUCUCUCCAGCUCCAUUCUACCCAUCAACUCCAGUCCAUGCUUCAGUCCCAGCUUAUGCUCCAGCUCCAGCAUUCUCUCCAGCUCCAAUCUACUCAUCAACUCCAGUCCAUGCUUCAGUCCCAGCUUAUGCUCCAGCUCCAUUCUACCCAUCCAUUUCAGUCCAUGCACCAGCCCCAGCCUUUGUUCCAGCUCCAGUUUUCGCUCCAGCCCCAGUUGUGACUCCAGCUCCAGUUCAUGCCUCAAUCCCAGCUUAUGGCCCAGCUCCUGCUGCAGCACCUGCAUCAUUGCCCACUCACUGUGUGAACCCAGCCUUGACUGCUGCUCUCUCGCCACCCGCCUACUUCCCUUCAAUCUCUGCCCCAGCUUCCUCUCCAGCUCCAGCAGUUCCGAGUUAUGCCUCAGUUCCAGUGCAAACAUAUGCCCCAGCACCGGCAUACUCGCCAGCUCCAGCCUAUAGCACAGUCCCUGCGUUUGCUCCAGCACCUGUUUCACCCGCAGCUUCUGCUUAUACUCCAACAUCAUUUUCAUCCCCUGCCUUUGCUGCUGCCCCAGCUCCUUAUUUCACUCCAGCUCAAUAUUCAUUUGCCCCUUCAGCGACUGUUCCUGUUUCUGUAGCCACACCCUACGCUGCUCUCGCGCCUCCAGCACCCGUUUUUGGAUACUCGAGCAUCCCAUCUCCAGUUAUCGAACAUGUGAAGCCAGUGUCAGCUGCCAGUGCACCUCCACCCCCACCCUUCUCCAGUCCAGCUGGAUACAGUGCUGCUCCACCAGCCUACUACUUCUAAGCUCUCCAUUCAGAUGACAACCGACAACAACAAUUACUUUUGAUACAAAUAAGAAGACACUGUUUCCUUCCCUCAGUACAAUUUGAAACAAAUUAUCGGAUUUUGUACCAGUUUACUCUAAAAAAAUUCUCUGAUUGAUUUCAUAUUGAUGAAUAAAGAGAACUUGAACCGUCUUCCAAAUAA